GAAUGUCAAUAAAAUAAAAAAUAUUGAUGAUGAAAAAAGAAAUUUGAUGAAAUCAUUUCCAUUUCUUAUGGAAGCUGAAGUUGAAGAAGCUUUUAGUAAUGGGUUAUGGAUCCUUGCAUCAAUUAAUAAGCAUUACUCAAAGAUGCCAUAUGAAUUAUGGAACAUAAAUAGAAAUAAUACUAAUGUUGUGGAAGCUUCACAUGCAAAUAUUAAUAGAGAUGGAACCAGAAUGUCAUUGCUAGCUGCUAUAAACAUCUCUUCAAAAAAUAAAAGUCAAACACAAAAAUAUGUAGAAUCAGCUAAACGUAAAGAUACAGCUAAUAUUAAUACACAAGCCUCUGAAGAUUUAUCACAACAAGAACAAUAUAUAUCAUUAUUGGAAAAGAGGAUUCAAUUGGAAGAGAAACUCUAUGAAGCUGUACUUAAAAGAAAACAAGUGGAAAGAGAAUAA